CCCAAUCUCACCAGCUUCAAACCGACUCUGUUACUUUUCAAAAACUCCCAUCAUAUCCUUUUCGUCCACGGGACCUGGCCCAUUCGUUAGUCACCACUCCUCCGUCCCACAAGGCGCAAUAAUCAUCGCCCCGAAGAACGGAGAAUCAAAUCCCUCAAAGUCGCACAUCAUCCGACUCGGAACGCGACUGCCGCUCUCCAACAAGAACCACAUUUCCUCCGCACGAAACCCACCGGGACCUAUAAAACGCCCACAUCGGAGGAGAUCUCCAAAGAUCUUUCAUCUUAUCUGAUGUGCUGAUUGAUCUAAUCCUGCAACAAGCCUCCGAUGGCAGUAACAGCAUGGUGGUGUUUGUCGACCUAGAUCGUGAUGACUCCUUCUCCGAGCAUCAGCAUCACGCAUCCGCGUUGUCUUUGGAGAAGCCCUUCCCGCCUAAACUGACGGUCGCACCCAUUGCGAUCACCGAGUCAUCCGAACUCUUACCCUCGCCUACCUCGUUCGACGAGGACCGCGAGGCAGACUCGACGGAUCCCCUAGCGAACAAAGCGACCGAGUUAGAGAACCCGAAUCGGAAUGCCUUCUCGGCCGCCUUGAGCUGCUACCCCAUCGUCAAGGAAAUCGCUCGCGCCGUCGAUCUCAAUACCCUCCACGCAUUGUCUCGAACAUGUCGCCAGUUCCACGUCAACCUGGCGCAGUUCCGGCACCAGCUCGUGCGCGAGACACUGCGCUGUGAGAAUGAGUAUAUCGAGACCGUCGCAGAUAUGCUGGACGGCAAUGCCAUUAUUCCGAACAGUGUCAAAUCGGUGCUGCAGCUGCUAAGCCAAAGCAGUGGCGAGCCAGGCCGUAUGUCGCGUGGAAAAGUGGGUAGAUGCGCACGCGACAUGGUCGGCGAGUGUCGACGCUGCAGCAAGGUCGUGUGCAGGAAUUGCACGAUCAAACCCCCUUCCCAGACCGCCAUGAACGGCCGCAUCCGUCGUCUUUGCCAACCCUGCCGUACAGCACCGCUCUCCCACCACCUAUCCCAUGCGGCCCUCGAUAUGGACAUCUCUGAUACUGGCAACCAAGUCACCGUGGCGGGAGAAGUUGCACGCAGCACCGGAAUAUGCAACUGCAACGACGCCCUUUGGCUGUGCCAACAAUGCGGGCAGACCCUGCGCAGUAACGACACUACGUACCGUCGUGUCUGGGCCUGGCGCACCCGAUACAGCACAUACCUCGGUGGUGGACUCGGCACCGGCAUUGGCGAGGGCAGCCAAGGCGUGAAGUGCGGUCGUGGCGACUCAUGUCUCGCCGCGAAGGAGAUCGAGCUGGAGGUCGACUGCGAAGUGGACGAAGGGGUGAGUGAUACCAGUAGUCCCGGCCACAGCCCUCCCAGUCACCCGUCGUAUCAUCACGAGCUGGUCUCGUCGGAUAGUCACGAUGACGAGGAACCGGGGUACUUCCGACAGGAAGUUAUUGGGUUGGGUGGGCUGAUGAAGCAUAAGGCUAAGAAGAGGGUUAUGGUGGGUGCUUGUGUGGUGGAGUAUGAGCAUGAGCGGGAGUCGGGGAGUUAUCUUUUGCACGAGGAGAAACGCUUGCAUCGGGCAUGGUGUGGAUGGUGUUCGAGGGUGAUUCCAGCGUCUAAUGAGGGUGUGUUUGGGUAAUGGCAAUGGUACUGGUAAUGAGUUGGGUGUAUAGCUUGCAUCCUGGGGUAUAUUUCGGAUUCAGUGCAUCAUGGGCGACUUGCAUAGUCUAGAUUUUGAUGGCGACGAGUGUAUAUACGGGCAUUCUGUCUGCACAGCGUAGUCAACGAAUGAAUGUGCAUUGUCGACAGAGUCUAGAUAAACGGAGUUUACUCGAGGGUUGGAAUCACGGAUAUACUGAUCGUCAAUAAAUUUGUCAGGACAACCUGACCAUUUAUCUCCACUUCCAUGAAUUGAACCCUUGAC